GGCAUGGGCGACUGGUGCAAGAACCAGUUCGGCUGGGACGCCAAGACCCAGACAGCGAAGCCCGGAAAGUUGGCGGAUCAGGUCAGAAAGUCCACCAUUCGGCUGGAGGAGGUGGAUCAGGUGCUCCAUGAGUUUGUGUCCACGCACGUGCGGCCUGGGGGUGGCAUGUUGGCAGGAAACACGGUUCACAUGGACAAGCGAUUUCUCGACAAGUUCUGCCCCAAGUUCAUGGGCACACUGCACUAUCGCAUCGUUGACGUCAGCACUGUGAAGGAGCUGUGCCGUCGCUGGGCUCCGGAUCACUUUCGCAGGGCCCCGGUGAAGAGGUGCCAGCAUCGGGCGAUGGAGGACAUCUAUGAGAGCCUCAAGGAGUUGGAGCACUACCAACAGGCAGGGUAUUUUGAGAGGUGUCGUUUGAAGUGUGAUAUGGUCGACCGGUUGAUUGGCUGCAAGGACAUGGACAUGUGCCAUGUGGCGCUGAGCGCGAAGUGGAAAAGCGGCAUGCGGUUGCUGAGGAUCAAAAGGGUAUACUUUCGCACCAUCCUGGCUGGGUUGACCUUCGGCCCGCCGGCUGAGGAGUGGCUACUGGACGGUCGGGCACAUGUGGAUGUGCCGGAGGACCAGGUGGGCAUGCCCGGGGACAAGUACUUGGUCACCUUCCGGUGGGAGAAAUACAAAGAGCUCACCUGGGAGAAGCUGUCUGAGACCGGUCCCGUAGAGCCAGGCAAGUACUACCUUUGCGGCCCCUGGAGCGGCUGGGAUUUCGUGGAGAUGCAGCCUGACACCACUGGACCCCGGAGGAGACGCAAGGGCUGGUAUAGCGUGGAGGUCCAGGUCUCUUCAUUGCCCAGCGAGUUUCUGGUGGUUCGCAACCAGGACUUUCGGCAAGCGAUCUAUCCCCAGGCGCCUCCGGCGGCCACGGGGCUGGAGAUCUCCCAGCACUCGGCCAUGUGUGGUCCUGAUGAUGGCGAAAGCGGGCUGUGGAAGAUCCAGGACCUGCGAGGCGCGGUGUACAAGAUCUUCUUCUACCGAGACCCGGAGGAUUGCGAACCCACCUCCAUGCGGGUGGACUGGAAGAAGGUUGAGGAGGAGCGGGAGUAUCACGAGCCCGAGGCUGCAUAUUACGUGAACAGCUCGUGCAAUGACUUCAGCCACAGGACGGCCAUCAAGAUGACUUUGGAGGAGGACGGCGAGAAGAAGCUGUACUCCGCGGAGCUUGGGGUCCAGGAGCUGGCGCUGGAUCCCAAGAAGCCGACGGAGCGGCAGCCCAUCAUGCCCUUCAACAUCUUGGUGCACCGCCUGAAAGACCAUUGCAUACAUCCAGACCAGGAGCUCUGCACCUUAGAGAUGGAGCAGACCGUGGCCUUGGACGAGAACUCCAAACACCUCACCUGGUGCAUAGGAAAGCAGAGCGAGGAUGACGCGGCCAAGGGGGAUACCUUCUCCAUAAGGCUGGUGGUCUUCAACGAUAACUACUCGGUGUCCUGGAGAAAGGUCUCCUGAGCGGGAUAUUGCGUGCUUGGCCUAAGAGCCUCAAGAGCCUCAAGGGCACACCUCAGGAACACCUCAGGAACACCUUCGCGGUUGUCUCUAGC